AUGUCUCAGAUGCUCACAACGUCGGCGAUACCGACUCCAUUCCAACCACAUCGAGAAUCCCUAAGCCAUUUAGAAGGCAGCAAGAGUUCCCAGAAGUCGGCUGCAGCUCAUGGUGGCGAGUCCGAGUCUAGCCUGCCAAUCAUAUUCUGUAUGGUCGCCGGAGCAUUCGGUGGAGCCGUCGGCGAUAGUGCCAUGCAUUCUUUGGAUACCGUAAAGACGAGACAGCAAGGCUUGCUGUUCAAUCCAAAAUAUCGUCAUAUGUUGCUGGCAUACACCACUAUUCUCAAGGAAGAGGGGUUUUUCCGAGGUUUAUACGGAGGCUACACUCCGGCCAUUUUGGGGUCUAUCCCAUCCACAGCAGCAUUCUUCGGAACUUACGAAUACUCUAAGCGAUACAUGAUCAACCAGAUUGGCAUAAACGACACGGUUGCGUAUUUUUUUGCAGGUAUUUUGGGUGAUAUGGCACUGAGUGUGUUUUACGUUCCUCUGGAAGUGUUGAAAACCAGAUUGCAAUUGCAAGGAAGAUACAACAACCCAUACACAAAAGGUUGCGGCUACAACUAUAGAGGUUUGGGAGAUGCUGUCAGAUCUAUUGCCAAAACCGAAGGUGUAUCAGCAUUAACAUAUGGAUAUAAGGAAACAUUGUUCCGUGACUUGCCGUUUAGUGCAUUACAGUUUGCCUUCUACGAGAAAUUUCGGAAAUGGGCCAUUGCAUACAACGGUGAAUCGGAUGACUUGCCUGUGCUAUUGGAGCUUUUUACAGGUGCAGCAGCUGGAGGAUUGGCUGGAACACUCACUACACCUCUUGACGUGAUUAAAACACGUAUUCAAACGGCAACCAUCGACACUGCUGGCCCACACAAGCACCUUACACGUGAAUCGACCACGGGGUCUGUUGGGAAGAUGAUGCAUCGGUUUUCCACGCUCGGGGCUUUGCACUCUAUUUAUUCAAACGAAGGUAUCUUGGGAGUAUUCUCUGGAGUGGGUCCGCGACUCAUAUGGACCGGAAUCCAAAGCUCCAUCAUGUUACUUCUUUACCAGGUUGCGUUGAAGAACCUCGAGGCGUCGAUGGGUUCUGGGGAGUCACUCGCAUAG